UAAAAAUUUAAAAUAAUUUACUUUUUAAUUUUUAAUAAAAUAGGUACACCUCAAUAUUUUAAAAUAUGCAAGACAUCAAUCCCUCUCUUGCCGUCGUAGGUCGCAUGUGUAAAGACUGCAAUGCAUUUAUUGUUGGACCAAAAUUUAUAUCGCAUAGCUGCUUGAACACCUCUACAAAAAGCAUUAGCAUUCGGCCUAAAUCCCCUACAUUUCCGCCGAUUACUAAGUUGUCUAGUAAUAGUUUUAACUGGAAAGAUAUAGAUCAUAUAACCGAUGAAACUGCCGAAUUUGAUAAAGUCACUGAUGAUACAGCUUCAGAUAUAACAUCACAACUAAUUCUUGAAGUGGAGAAAAGAAGACCAUUAUGGGAUCAUCGACUUCCAAAAGAGAAAAGAUAUCCCAAUGCUAUUAAUAAGCUAUGGGAAGAAAUCGUAAAGGAAUUGAAUUGUACAUUCUCAGCUAAAGAUUUGGAAAAAAAAUUUGUAUACUUAAAAGACCAAUAUAGAAGAAUAAAAUCAAAAGAAAAUAACAAAGCAAGUGGUUCAAAAGGAGGAAAACCUCAAAAGCCGUGGAAACAUUAUAAUAGUCUAAUAUUUUUGGAUGAUGUAAUUUUGAUGAAAAAUAAGACUGUAUCAAGUAUUGGAGAAAGAGAAGACAUCCUGCCUGUGGUGGAUUUACAAACUAAAAAUGUUGGAACUGAAAAUAUAAAAUUAAAGACAUCUGCAAAUAACUACAAAUUUGAAGAAGCUUUACUAGAGGAGCUUAAAGCUUCAAGACCGAUAUCUCCAUUACCAUUACAAAAUAUAUCAUCAGAUACAAUAUUUUGUAACUACAUAGUAGAUUUAAUGUCUGAACUACCACAAAACAAAAAAAGAAAAUUACAAGGAGUACUAGUUGAAUCUAUUCUAAGGGAGAUGGAUAACUGAUUUUUCAACAUAUUAUUUUAAUUGCAUUUUAUUUAUUUUGUAAACUACAAAGGUUGUUUUUUUAAUUUGUAUAUCACAUACAUUUGAAGCUGUUA